GUGGCGGAUCGGAUCGACACCCAGCCAGCGCGUGGAGAGUAGAACACCCCCAAGAGGCCAGGACUGAGACUGACCAUGGGAGAAGCGUGCAGGGACGCGGCGGCUGCGGGCCGGCAGCUGCUGCAGGACGAAGCGGGCGGAGGAGGAGGGCGUCACGCGGAGAAGGAGCUCGUCGGUGACCCGACCCACGACUCGGCCGUCUCGGCGAAGCUGUACGAGGACGUGCCGGCGACGCCGAUGAUGGCGCUCAACCACAUCUCCCGCCUGUGCGAAUCCGUCGACGCCUCCGUCCGGUUCUACGUCAAGGCGCUCGGCUUCGUGCUCAUCCAGCGCCCGCCGGCGCUCGACUUCUCCGGCGCAUGGCUCUUCAACUACGGCGUGGGUAUCCACCUCGUGCAGCGCGACGACGCGCGGCGGGCCCCCGACGUGAGGCCGGAGGAGGCGGAGCUGGACCCCAUGGACAACCACGUGUCGUUCCAGUGCGAGGACAUGGGCGCCAUGGAGCGGCGGCUGCGGGAGAUGCGCGUGCGGUACAUGAAGCGGACCAUCAACGAGGAGGAAGGGUCGCCCAUCGACCAGCUCUUCUUCAGGGACCCGGACGGCUUCAUGAUCGAGAUCUGCAACUGCGAGAACCUGGAGCUCGUCCCCGCCGGCGCCUUCGGCCGCCUCAGGCUGCCCCGCGACCGCCACAACCCGCCCGUGCGCAUGGUCGCCGGCAGCGACGAGUAGAGGGGGAGGGGGCUUUCGCGUCCGCGUGACCCUCUGCCCUCCAAGGCCAGCAGCCCAGCACCACAGGGGGAGAAAUAGUUUGUGGCUCAUAUAAUCGCCGAGGGCUCUUAAUUAUGCUGGAUUCUGGGUCGUGUUU